GGAAUAUAUAUUAAACACUCUUUGUUAUAUUUCAAGCCAUUCUUCAAUUGCAUCUGUGCUCACACUUACAAGAAGGAGAUAUAGAUGUUAAAUCAACUUAUAAAGCACAUCCAUUUAUAUUACUUAAGAACAGUGACAAUGAAUGUCCGCAAUUUUUUGAGGAAGAAACACUGGGUUUAGGCACAAAUCUGAGCUUGGAAACCUCCGUUUUACAGACGUACUGUAAUUUCUAUCCAGACAGCUGGUUAACAGUUGAUGAAGACAAAUUAUUUGAAGCUCUAAUAGCCGGUGCACUCAUAUUUUCACCUCAGGGAUUUAUUAGUGAAUGGAAUGUUUCACAGAGUUCCUAUAUGUAUGACAAGUUAUACGGUAUCAACAUGGCUGCAACGGAUGAAUUUUUUAUUUCAUGGAUAAGUGUGGACAUGGGACGAACUAUUUCUGUGUUUGGUAUAAAGAUAGGGCUAAAUACACUUACACCAAGCCGAAAACAAUACAAUUUAGAUCGUACAUUUGAACCGACAAAUACGACAUAUCCUAGCUGUAUGAUAAGUAAGGGUCAAUGGGAUUUUCUGUACUUCGGUGCAUUGACAUGUCCUACUGUACCUUAUUUCCAGGAAGAUCCAGAUACCAUUGUCCUAAUGUUUCUAAGGGAGACUGAAGGACGCUUUGUGGCAGUGAUUGGUGGAGCUGAAGAUUUAUACAUGGAGGCAAUAACACAUGUCGAUAUCCUAACAAUACGUGUUUCCUAUGACAAUUAUGGAAGUUGCAACAUUGAUCUUGGAAUGAAGGAUGGUUUUAUUCAAAACGACCAGAUAUCUGCCUCUUCUAAAAACUACCAAGCUGGCAAUUCCCGGCCGUACAACAUUGGCUGGUGCGCCGAUAAUGUAGACAACACACCGUAUAUUUUGAUUGAUCUAGAAGACACAAAUACACUUGACGGUAUAUCAGUGUGGCCAUGGAUCACGGAUAAGAUUUUCGUUCCAGGUGCUCUCAAAUUUGAUGUUUCAUUUGCUCUUGACAAGAACGAGUCAUUCAUCACAUAUGAAACGACAUUUCAUAGUGAUGUAUCAAAUCCAGUUAAUAAACAGCAGUACUUUGGGUUUUUGAAAUCUUUUCAAGCCAGAUACAUAAAGAUACAUAUACUGGACCCAUUUACCGACGAAUACAGUUGUAUUCGUUUUGAACUUCAUGGUUGCAGAACGAAAGAAGAGCACAAGAUAUUUCCUUCAGUUUACAUGUCUAAACCCAGAGUAGCUACAAUUGAAUUUGUACAAGUAAUUACUACCACACAAAUGAUAUCAAGUAUAGGGUUCCCAGUAAAAUACCAAGGUGCCCAGGACUAUAAGUGGAUUAUACAAUCAAAACAGAAGUACAUUAGAAUUGUAUUUACAAGAAUAUCUUUAUCCAAAUAUAAGAAAGAUUUGUUCGCAACAUCAAUUUGCAACGAUUCCAUUUGGCUGUCGAACAAGUUGAUAAGAACUUUGGAAUAUUCUCAGGUUAUUGAUAAUCGAUUGAAUGACGAGGCUUUUAUGAUUGAUACAAGCUACACAUUUCUUGUCCUUUCGUUUGUGACCUGCCUGCCUUCGACACGAAAACUAACCGAUGGAGUUGGAUUUGAAGCAAUUGUGACAUCAACAAUUGACCCAGCCUGUUUUAAAUUAAGUACUUCCGUACUUAGUAAUGAUCGCAAGGAGCUAUGCACAGAACCGUCUAUGACCUUAUCUUCGAUGUCGAUGUUAGGGCUUUUUCUUCUUGGAACGUCGGAACAUUGGACCAUACAUUUACCUAGAAAGCGGAUACAGCUGGUCUUCAUAGAUUUCUUUGUCGCAUGUAAACCUAAAAAUGAAAUUGGAUCAGUAUUUACGGUUAUCGAAGCCACAUAUGAGCAGCGUUAUUGCACUUUAUCUCGACCCCCGGAUAUCAUAAAGUCAGUGUCUGAUAUAGUGAAUAUCACAUUUGAAAGAUACCGUAUAUAUGAUGUUCAUUAUUCAGAAGGAUUUCGACUGAAAUAUCAAGAAAUGAACACGUCCUACGAACACAUGAUUUACUUUGAAACCAGGAGGACUGAGGUAACAGAUAUUGCGUUUGGAAAACCUGCAUUCAUGAAGAGCAGUAAUCCCAUUACUGAAAGAAAUUGGCCUAUAGAGAAUGCAAUAGCACAACAACGUAAUGAUGGAAUAAUCGGCUGCUUCUCUAGGGACGGAUAUUUUAAUCAUGUUUCUCCAGCGUAUUGGUGGACAGUGGAUCUACAGGAUGUGUUUAACAUUCAUUUUAUAGAACUACUCUAUGCAGAACACAUAAAUUACAGGAUCAUUGUUAGAAACACUGAAAUCUAUACCGGACUCGACUUAGAAGAUAUGCCUAUGACCGCAUUCAGUUGUAAAGUAGCGAGAAGGUGGGAAACAAUACAUCAGCGUAACAUUCACGCGAGAUUUGUACAGAUAAAGCAUUCAUACAAAAUAUUAAAGGCGCAUUCACAGUCGUCACUAAGCAUAAGCGAUUUGGAGCAGCUCGAGUAUACAAACUUUUGUGAAGUGCAAAUAUUUGGAAUUUUAGAUCAUGAAGUGAACUUGUCACGACGGAACAAAAUCAUAAAACAACUGAGGGAAAAGAUGUCCUCGUAUGAAUAUGACAUUUAUAAGAACUAUUUGGUGUAUCGUUGUCCAAUAACCUUAGAAACUGAUAGCACAUUCUCAAAAUGGUCGGCAUGGAGCCCUUGCUCGGACGAAUGUGGCGUUGGGUUAAGACAGAGAUCAAGAGAUUGCAAAAGAUCGAACUGUGUUGGGGAUAAUAUUGAGUAUAAAAAAUGUGACGGAAGAAAAAGCUGCCCAGUGUGGGACUGUGUUUCAAAAUUCGGAAAAUGUUAUAGUAUAUUCUACAUGUUAUCAAACUGGAAACUUGCACGAAAGGAAUGUUUGCGAAGGAACCUUACACUUGUAUCAAUUCAUUCUGUAGAGGAAUUGCGUGUAAUCAAAUACUUGUUUCAACAAAAAAGAUUUAAGUAUAUACCCGCAUCAGUACAAUUGCAAAGUACACAAUACGGAGCAAGAUAUUUUACCCAUAUAGGAUUGUACCAGAGAACAAAUAAAAAUGGAGUUAGAUAUUAUGCUUGGCAAAAUGGAACUAAAACAGUUUAUUCUGCAUGGAAAUCCGGCGAACCAUCGACUGGUAAUUGCGUGCGUAUGGAAUAUAAAUAUUUUGAACCAGAGAACACUUGGGAAACUGAAGAUUGUAUUCAGACACUGGCUGACAGUUUUAUAUGUGAAUCAACCGACUUCAGUAAAAUAUUCUCGAAAUCGGUUACAGUUCUCAAAACAAAAUACCUCGAUUAUACUAAAAGUGUUAGCAAGACAUUUACGGGAAAGACUUGCCAACGAUGGGAUAGAAAUACUCCGCAUGAACAUGCUAUUAUUCGAUCUGACUUCCCAGAUAAUAGUUUAUCAAGAGCUUCAAACUACUGUCGUGACCCACUCUUUGAAAAUUAUCUCUGGUGUUACACAACGGACCCGGAAACCAAACAGGAACCUUGCAUAAUCGAUGCUGAACAGGUUGAACCCUGCUUUCAAAGUAUUCAGGCCUAUACCGGGAAGCAGAACGAAACAAUCGAUGGCAAUGCUUGCAGAAGAUGGGAUAGCGUAGAACAAUUUUCGAAACAAAACAAUUUGCAUAUCCCCUCUGAAAAUUACUGUCGAGAUCCAUUUAACGAAGGUUAUGUAUGGUGCUUUACAGAAGAAAAUGAUGUUGAACCGUGUCUUGUUUUCAAAGAAGAUAUAUCUUUGCCAGUGGACUUUCAGUCCAAUAAUUCAAACAGUACAUAUCUGUGUCAAGACGGCAGUGGAGUUAUACCAAGCAAUUCCAGAUGUGAUCAUAAACUUGACUGUUCGGAUCUGUCUGAUGAAAUUGAAUGUUUAGGACGCUAUAAUUUUCAUAGACUAGUGAAACAAUUUACAGACGAUGUUAAGAUUUCAGACACACUGUUGACAACUGCAUACUUUAGAUGUGGUUCGGGAGAGUUUGUUUCUAUAAUAGCACGGUGUGAUCGCGUCAAGGACUGUCUUGACACAUCAGAUGAAGUUAAUUGUACUUACUUGAAGGACACAACAGAAAAAUCGAGAUGCAGUCAAGAUGAGUUUAUGUGUACGGACGGACACUGUGUCCAUAUCAGUCUAGUGUGCGACUUUGUGACAGACUGUGUAGAUGGUUCAGACGAAUACUGCAACUUUGGUCCAUGCUUGAGAACAAACUACCUAUGUAAUAACGGUCAGUGUAUAGACCAGAACCAACAUUGUGACGGAUUUAGACAUUGUGUAGACGGGAGCGACGAGGAAAACUGUGAAACGUGUAAUAACGAUGAACUAUUUCAUUGUGACGUCACUAAGUGCAUUCCAAAACGGUUACUUUGCAACAAAUACAUAGAUUGCGAGGACGAAAGUGAUGAAGCAUUUUGUGCACUGCCGUCACUUCAAUCGUGUUAUGAAUGGUGGCAAGCUGGCUUUAGAACAUCUGGUAUUUACACCAUAGCCGCUAUGGAUGUUUUCUGUGACUUUGGCUCGUUUAAAGAAAAUGGAACAGUUAAGACUAUCUUUAAGAAUAGAGAUUUUUUCCCGGGAACAAACAGAUACCAUUUUGGAAAUGAGCAGGCGCUAUCUGACAACAGUAUAUUUCAAUUGGAUGACUACACAGUAACAAAUAUUGUAGAUGGUGCAUCCUGUGAGUUUAAGGUUGAAGAAACGUGCAAUCCUGGCUCAUAUCGGCAAUAUUACUUUUCAACUCGACAUUUUAAUCGUGAUACCUUUAACUCCUGUUAUUGUGAUAUGUCACAACUGUCUGCUUUUGGGGGAAAAACAUAUCUUCUAUAUUUCAGGUUCCAAAAAUGCAUCAAUCCUUAUACAUCAUUACAAACAUAUAAAUCAGAUGAUAUUCAAUUCUACUUUGAUAAUAAUUUUAACAUUUAUCAAGACUUUAAUAUCAUUAUCAAUCUCUUACCAUUGGUCUGUACAACAGUUUACAGACCUAGUGGGGAUGAUUUAGCAUGCGAGGGAGAUGUAAAAUUGAUAGACAGAAGACUUCGAUGCAUUUAUGAUUUGGAUGCAUACGGACAUGUUCUUGGAUGCAGCUCGCUAAGUCACCUCAUAAACUGCAGUUCAUAUGGCUGUCCUGACAAAUUCGUCAAAUGCCCGGGUAGUUACUGUAUUCCAUCAAGAUUGAUCUGUGAUGGCGAGCUACAUUGUCCUGGAGGAGAGGAUGAAAGCGAUUGUGGUUGCAGACGACAGCAUGAAGUUAUAAUUCUCGUAGAUUAUAACUUUAUUUCUUCUGCGGACUUGUCUAUUGAUGACUUUGCAUCACAGUUUAGUAGCAAAAACAACAUCGUUCGAAUAUUGAGCUACGAAACAGAUGAACCACUGCAAUAUUACGGUUUAGGACUAACUAGACUUAACAUUAUUGACAAGGUUUUAGAACGAAACACUUUUGAAGAUAGAAGGAAAAGUUGUAUUUAUAAGGUUCUAGCCAGAAACUUUUUAUACCAAAUCAAAUUUUCAGAUAUGUCAGAAAAAUCUGUAAUAUUUCUUAUGACUGAUCCUUCCGCAGCUAUAGUUGCAGACCAGAUAUUUAAAAGCACACAACACGCUUUUGAAAAAGGUUUAAAAUUGUUCCGAGUCCUUGAAAAGCCUGAUGUCAAACUUCCCGCCAUGCACAAAUAUUCACACGUGACUGACGUCUAUAUACCACGAUGGAAGACACUUGCCGAUAUUGGAGCAGAUUAUUUUCCAGAAAUAUGUGGAGCUCCAACCAAAGUAUUAUGCCAGGGUGGAUACAGAUGUGCAUCAAGCAAAAUAUGUUUAUCUUUAGAUAAAUUGUGUGAUGGAACCAAACAUUGUAUCCAUGGCGACGACGAACGCCUUUGUGACUUCCAAUGUCCUUAUAACUGUAGCUGCAUUGGUUAUUCUGUACAGUGCCAAGAUAAAGGGCUUAAAAUGAAUAACAUCAUUGAAUUACCACAACAGGUCCGGCUUUUGGACUUAAGUUUUAAUGCCGCUUUAAAGUCAAUUCUACAAGCAUCUUACUUAGAUUUAAAAACGUUAGCGAGACUAAAUGUUUCUCAUUGUGGAAUUGAAGAAAUUAUUCACCAGGCAUUCUUGAGAAUAAAAAAUAUUAAAGUUUUAGAUCUCAGAUCAAAUGAAAUUCGAAAGAUUAGCUCCGGAACUUUUUCAGAGUUGCGUUUGAAUCAUAUCUACCUGUCUGGAAAUAGCUUUAUUGUUAUCGAGGACUACGCAUUUAACGACAUGUCUGUCAAUGUCAUUGACUUUGAAACAAGCAGUGUGACAGAGUUUAGUCAAAAUAUCUUCACUGGAUUGAGGGACUUGAAAGUACUAAGGACUCCUGCAUUUAAGUUCUGUUGCAUCCGUCCGAAUUACGUUCCUGAAAAUGAUUGUUACCCGUACAAAGAUGCAUUUUCGUCUUGCGAAGAUUUAAUGCGACUAUCUAUUUUGCAGACAAUGCUUUGGCUGGUUGGAUUAUCGGCCUUCUUUGGGAACAUUCUCUCGCUAGUUUAUAGGUUGAAAUAUGACAGAAGCAGAUUAAAGUUGGGAUUUGGUAUUUUCGUCACCAACUUGGCUGUUGCAGACUUUUUAAUGGGCAUUUAUCUCAUAAUUGUAGCUGCAGCUGACGCUGUUUUUAGAAAGAGGUAUAUAUUCAAUGACGAUAACUGGAGAAACAGUGUGUGGUGUAACCUAGCAGGAGUUUUGGCUGCGUGCUCAUCGGAAGCAAGCGUAUUGUUCUUAUGCCUGAUAACUGUGGAUCGACUUUUGGUUAUCAAGUUUCCGUUUGGGCAAUUUCGAUUUGACGCAAAAAAGGCGAACAUAUGUUCAUUUACAGUAUGGUUGAUAUCUUUAACAAUUGCCUUGGUACCCAUAAUAUUUGAAAGCUACUUCCAAAAUAGAUUCUACAAUAGGUCCGGAGUUUGCAUUGCCUUGCCGUUUACUCGUGAUAGACCCCCUGGAUGGCUCUACUCUGUAACAUUAUUUAUUGGAUUCAACUUUGCUACAUUUUUGUUGAUUGCAUUUGGACAAUGGUCAAUAUUUAUGGAAGUAAGGAAAUCUAGUGUAAGGAUGAAUAAGAUCAAAUCUGCAAGAAAAAAGGACUUGGUGGUUGCAAGAAAUCUACUUCUAGUCGUUACAACCGACUUCCUUUGUUGGUUUCCGAUAGGAGUGAUGGGUAUAAUGGCAUUGAAUGGCCACGUGAUAUCUGGAGACAUCUAUGCUUGGACAGCAGUAUUUAUAUUGCCCAUAAAUUCUGCUUUGAAUCCGGUAUUGUAUACACUGACAGCUAUACUUAGAAACACGAAAUUUAAUCCGGACACAGAAGAACAGAAUAGAACCGAGAUGACAGAAGAGCUCGGUAAUUAUUUCAAAGAUUGCCGUCUUGUUAACAAGAUGAUAUCUGUUCGAAGGAUUCAGAAAUCUAGUUUUAAAAGUGUUACAUCUGUUUUGGAGCAAGACUAUAGCGUAUCCACCUAUGACCUUGUAAGGCUGACUAUGACCCUGUUUAAACUACUUGACGUUAUCCACAAAGGAUCGUUGGUAUUCGAGAAUCUGAAUAAAGAUUUAGUCUAUAUAAAGGUGAAAGGGGAAAAGAUAACUGGGGACAUUAAAGUGUUAGGAGAACCUCGAGAAUCAAGAAAAAGUGAAGAUAUCCCUAACGACACGUUACAAGCUGCGGUUAUCAUACAUUCAUUAAUGAGCCAAUUAAAUGUCUCAAAAUAAUGAUGUGUUACUAACUUAUUUAAGUUUGUUAUUGUAAACUUUUAUAUGUUGUUUUUGUUGUAUAUAUUUUAUGGUUAUGUUUGCACUAUUCCUUGGAUUACAUUCGUAUUUUCUUGAUUAAUCAACGCUUAUGUGAAGCAAAUAUUUGCAAUUUCUUAUGGUAAUGGGUAGACAGAGAGACUCAACUGAACUAAAAUUAUGUUUAAUGACGUUUUUAUCUAGAAUGGUUCUUUUGUUAAGGAAUGAAAUAUCUCGAUCUUCUUAGUAAAUAAAUAUAUUGUCGUGUGUAAAGUAGUUUGUUUUUGAUUGGAUUUCGAGGUCAAUAUUGUAUCUAAAGCAUUAUCUUCUAUAUCUCCUUAAGUGUACUUCACAAAUAUUCUAUUCUAGAAGAUAACGAAUGAUUAUGCUAAUUCAGCAAAUUUAUAACGUUAAUUACCAAAGUGAAUGUUUAAUCAGUAUACUUAAUUUCUCAUGGCAAAUGAAACUUUAGAAUACAGCAAUAAAACCAUCAUUAUGUAUAUAUAGAGGAUAUUCA